CCUCGAUCAAUUGGAAGGUGGAGCAAAGCGCCGAAAUCAGGCCAUACUUGCCAUGACUUGUAGCUGCGGAGAUGAAGCUUUUUGGACAGACAGGUAUUGGCUGAGACCAGGGCUGAGCUUGAGAAACAAUGGGCCAGAGGACCUUUUGAACUGAAUGCCCUGCCGGAAGGGGCAGUCAUUUCUCGCAGGUCCCCGCUUGUGCAAUCAAACAAAGUCCGAAUGAUUGAUGACUUCUCCAUCAGUGGCAUCAAUGACUCGUGCACGAUUCAUUCCAAGAUUGACUUGCACAUGAUCGAUACGCUGGGAGCGGUCAUUCGAAGAUAUUUUCAAACUUGUAGUGCAAAGGAGCGCGACAGCUGGCUUCUGGCCAAGACCUUUGAUCUCAAGAGCGCCUACAGACAGGUGCCCAUACAGAGCCAGCACCUAAAGUAUGUCUUUUUCAGCAUCUAUAACUGCGAAGAAGGGAAACCCGAGAUCUACCAGCUGCUAACCCUGCCUUUCGGGGCCACGCACUCGGUUUAUUCCUUCCUUCGAUUGACAAGACUCAUUCACAGUAUUGCUGCCAGAGGUUUGUAUGUACUCAACGCGAACUUCUACGAUGACUUCGUGCUGUUAUCCAAACCUGAGAGUUGCAAGCAACGCUCUUCGAGACCACCUGCUCGAAGCUGGGCGCCCCGUUCAGAUCUCAGACCAGGAUUUCCUGCAGUGGUUCGUCUACACAGAUGCUGCAUACAACAUGGAAGAACAAACUGGUGGUAUAGGUGGUGUCCUGGUCGACCAAUCGGGAGCUUGUGUACAAUGGUUUGGUUUUCCCCUCAAUGAAGAAAAGUGCAAAGCGUUCGGUUGCCAAACAAAACAGGCCAUUAUUUAUGAGCUUGAAUUGGUGGCUGCAGUACAUGCCCUUUCUUACUGGGGCGACCUUCUGGCCCGGAAACCUGACCACAUGGUUUGGAGACAAUGACAGUGUGAGAUAUGCCUUGAUCAGAGGAGCUGCCAUCGGGCCUUGCGGUGAGGUGAUCAAACCUGAUGGCUAAGAAAUCCCUCCACCUGUUCUCGGGAGAGUUUGAAUUUGUGGCAAUGGUGGCUGAAUGCUCAGAUGGCCUUUGAUUCGCCACCUAUGGCCUAUGGACGCAGAUGUUGGAGAAGACUGCCACAUGAAGGUCAGAUGGGACAGCUCGGCAGCAUGGGCAAUGGUGCAACGCCAAGGGGUUGGAAGAGUUCGCCAUCUUGACGCAGCCCUCCUGUGGGUUCAGCAAGAGGAGAAGGAAAAGGUGUUGACAGUGGGGGCGAUCCCAACUGAGUUGAACAGUGCAGAUAUCGGCACCACAGGAGAAAACUGUUUGGGUUGCUCUACAUGCUGAAGAUGGUGAACUGCGUCCACGGCAGAAUUGCAGCGGAGGGGUAUCGUGCGCUUGAACAUCGAGAGCAAAUGAAGAAAGGAACCAAAAAAAUUCUCAAGGGCAAGAACUUGAACGAGGGCAUGAUCAUGCUGCUGUCAAGCCUUUACCAAGCAGCUGGAGAGCCUACAGGAGAAGAGAGAGCAAAGACCAGUGAUUGGUCAUGGACGAUUUUCGUGAUCUGCGCUUUGCUUGGGGCCUUGAGCAUUUCCAGGUGGCUAUGGCACUGCAUCAAGCAGUUCUUCUUGGGCUACAUCGUGGAGGUCAUGAGGACCAAGAUUCCGGAAGACAACACCUACCAGAAGGUGGAAGUGGCCAGCGUGGAAAUUCAAGCUGGCUGUUGGAUCGACUUGAAGGCCCUAGGGGUCUAUGAGCAAGAGUCCAUCAAGAUGCAAGACAAACUUUUCCAGCUGGACCUUUACAUAGAGGAAUUGCAGGAGGAAUUCAACCAAGCUCGAGAAGAAAGGAACUGCAGAUUUCAGCAGCUGCAGAUUUUAGAGGGACAUGCUCAGAAGCUGAUGGGGCAGUCUCUGAACUACCGUGUCUCCCAAAGGGGGAGAGUGAUUCAUUUCAAUGAAAACUGUUGUCAGAAUCUCACCAUGUUCCAGCAUGACACCCAAGGUGCACAAAUCGAGAAGUGUACAUGCUGAUUUUUAGGCCCGAGUGAAAAAGAAUGUUUCGCAGAAAUUGCUCCUGAGCCUCGAAGCAAACGUUGGCGCCAAGGACCUGACAAGCUUAGCUUUUCAACGUUACAAAUUAUAAAUUAUCAGCUGCCAAGCACCUCUCGGACUUGAGAGCUUCCUCGAAUCUGAUCGUCGUGCCCUUUUACCACUUGUAGGAGAGUAUGGACAGGCGCUGAACAAUAUGUCCUGUUUGGCUGUAAGAGCCAAGCAGCCUUGCAUGAGAUUCAGCUUUUGAGCAUGGCGUGAGG